UUUUGGUGGGGAUUUGUAGAUACUAGGUCACUUGUGGACAAGAGGGAUGAUACACAGCACCGCUUUCAACCAUACUGAACCAAUGACUUUAGGCUCUCCUCCUAUGAACCCAAAUGGAACAGGCUCAAAUACUUCUCCAAACACUUGUCAAUAUCUUCCAGGAUUUUUAAUGACUGAUAAUGUACCAAUUACAGACACAGCGUCAACUAGCCCAAUUACAGAAACGAAAGUUCCACGUUCAAAUGCAUUUUCUUCACUUUCAGGCAAUUCACACAACCUACCUGCUUCUCAUUAUAACAUAAAUAAAUUACAAUCACGUUAUUUAAGUCAACCACCUGAAUCAAUUGGACGUCGUUUAACAUCACCUCCUACACGUAGUAUGUGGUCAGUUGUCAACAAUGCUAGUCAUGUUCAUACAAAGUCUAGUAUAGAUAAUUUUGAUGGAAUAAAACAUAGUACACCAAAUUAUACUGUCAAUGCAUCGAUUAAUCAUCCUAUUGUAAAACAACUAGGUGUUAGUCCUUUUCAAUCACCGAUUGAUUCUAAUUCUCAUCGUACACCAUUGCAUAAUGUUGUCAAUCAUUGUCCACCUAUGCAUGGAUCACCACCACUUCAUAAUCAUAAUAAUCAUAAUCAUAGUAAUGGUAUAAUUGUAAAUUUAAACAAUGGUAUUAGUACACCGGAUCGUUUAGCGGAAGCUUUACUUACACAACGAAACUUGAACGACUUUGAUCAUACACAGCAACAUGAUUGUUGGGUAACAGUUUUUGG